UAUAAUAUUUUGUCCAGUCAGUUGUUUGACUGGAUUUGUUCCACCUUGGACGAAACUUGCUCUCAUUCGAAAGUAGCACAUUUCUACCGACUUUUUGCCGAACGUGGCAACGGUGUUCAACGGCAAGUGGUGGAUGCGUACACAGAAUUUACAAACAUCUGGUGUUUGUUGUUGUGCACAGUGAAUUUGUUGCGAGUAUUCAAAAGUGUUUUCAGGUUGUUUUAGCGGCAAUUAUAGCAUUGUUAUCAUUGAUAGACAAUUUUCAAAGACAAUGGGACGUCGGAAGUGCAUUCUUUGUGAAGUUAGCAGUGAAAAACUGAGGCAACCUUCCACAGGUUUUCUAGUGAUGAGAAAAAACAAGAAGAAUGGUGCACUAUCCUCAAUAUUGAGAUAA